GCCUCCGAGCGCGGCCGUGCGCAUGCUCAGUGACCACCCUGGCCGGGCAGCUUCCGCUGUGGGCGGACGAUGGCGGGUCAGAGGUCACAGGGAGGGUCAGAGGUCACAGGCAGCAUGGCCGCUGCAGGGGCCCGCCUGGGAGCCCUGGGAGCCGGUGAAGCUGUGGCAGCAGCCCAUGUGUUGUCCUCGCCAGCUGAAGCCUAUGGCAAUGAUCCCAACAUUGAAAUGAUCUGGGCCAUGAAAGCGUAUCAGCACGCUGAAGUCUAUUUUAAUCUUAUUUCCUCUGUUGACCCCAAGUUCCUGAAACUUACAAAAGUUGAUGACCAGAUCUAUGCUGGAUUUAGGAAAACCUUUGGUGACCUCAAGAUCGAUGUGCUUGACCCAGAGGAGCUCAAAUCGGAACCAGCCAAAGUGAAAUGGCGUCCCUUCUGUAUGCAGUUUGAUGGGGUAGUUGAAGACUUCAACUAUGGCACCCUCCUCCGUCUGGACUGUGCUAAGGACUACACGGAAGAGAAUACAAUAUUUGUCACCAGGAUCCAGUUCUUUGCUAUUGAAACGGCUCGUAACAGAGAGGGCUAUAACAAUGUUGUUUAUAGCCAGGCCAUGGAAAUAAAGUCUGUUGCUGCAGAGAGAGGACUAGCCCUGCAUGGAGAUGGAUAGGAAAGGAUACCACGAUGGGCUCAAGUCCUUGGGUCACUCCUGAUUAAAGUCAGUUUAACCCUGCCUACCUUUUCAUUGAGCAAUAUCAAGCCCAGCAGAGGCCGAGACAUGGACCACUGAUUCCUGCAGUCCUCGAAGAUGAUGAUAUUCAACACCGUUGACAGCAUCUGGAAAGACAGAGGGAAGUCCGCAGAGUUAGGCUGUUCCCUCAAACCCAUCUCUUGCCCUGGGAGCAUGUGUCAGUACUUACCAUCCCUUCGCAAACUCGCUUCUCAGGUGACCCAGGUUUGCCUCUGUCCCCCACUAGUGCUGGGUCAUCUCUCUCAUUACUGUAAAUGGAGGUCAGAAGCUGACCCCAGAUGUUGAGGCUAUAGAGAUUAACCCCACUCUGCACAGAGCUUCCUGAACCAGUGACAUGUCCCCUAUUUGAGCCUCAGCAGGUUGCCUCUUAAGCCUGCAAUACUAUCAUGCUGUGGUAGGCAGUAGCAUCACGAGAGCCCAUGGAUGCUCCCAAUAGAUUACAAUGAACUCCUAUGUAGGAAUGUGUGCAGCAGCUGAAAGCCAUUUGGGGCUCCAUGGCAGAAACUCCCUCUUUUGUCCCAAAGCAGAAGAGAUCCCUGUCUGGGAACCACCUCAAACUAGAUGCAUGCAGGUGAGCAUGCUCUUCAAUCCAUUGGAAAGCCACUUUCUUCACACUCUGUCUUCCCCUCCAUGGUCUGCCAGGCCAAGCUUAAAGAACUAGCUUAAAGGUAAGUACAAGAUCUUAACAUUGUUGGUUCACACAAGCAGUUUCCAGUCUCUUCCUGUAGCAGACUAAGGCUCCAGUUCAUGCUGUAGCAACUUCCUCUAACCCUGAGUGUCGGGACCCCUCAGGGGGUCACAAGAUUAUUACAUAGGGGGGGGCUGCGAACUGUCAGCUUCCAUCCUAAACCCUGCUUUGCCAUCAGCAUUUAUAAUGGUGUUAAAUAUAUAAAAAAAGUGUUUUUAAUUUAUAAGGGGGGUUCCACACUCAGAGGCUCGCUGUGUGAAAGGGGUCCCCAGUACAAAAGUUUGAGAACCACUGCUCUAACCAAACACAAGCCUGCUUCUUUUUUCAACCAGAUCUGCCAGGAGGGGGCAGCAAGAGAGCAGCACAAUGAUUUCUGAUCCUCCUUGAAGUUGAGCUCUUGUCUGACUUGAGAGGUGCUGGAUGUCCACAUGGGAAUGCAGUGUGCCAUCACUGGGUGUGGCAAUAUGGAAGCAAGCAUGUGUUGGCAGGGGGAAGGGGCACAUGAGGGACAAGUGUUUCACCAAAAGGGGUGAAUGAACAGAUUCCAGUAAUGGAACCACUGGUGAAGAAGGGGCAGAUCCAUCAUCCCAGCAGAUAUGCAGCAAUUCACCUGGCAGAUUAACUGAAUGA